CUCAACAACACCUUCUCCCCACGUCCCCCCCUCCCCCCUUCCCCGCUUCUGUGCACUAGAAUUCCUGGCUGUGCUGCUCAAUAGAGACACUCCAUCUCCAUUAUGUCCUUCGGAAAGCUCUACUCGUACACCGGCAAUCCACGCACCACUUCCCUUGUGGCCGUUGCGAAGGCGAACGGGCUCCGUGUCGAAUUUGUUCCCACUGAGCCGGCCAAGGGUGUCUCCGCUGAGUACCUGAAGCUCAACAAGCUCGGCAAAGUCCCUACCUUUGAGGGCGCUGACGGCUAUGUACUCACCGAGUGCAUUGCCAUUGCGGUGUACCUGACCUCCCAGAAUGAGAAGACUACACUCCUAGGCAAGACCAAGCAAGACUACGCCUCCAUUUUGCGAUGGAUGUCGUAUGCCAACAGCGAGAUUCUCCCCGCACUUGGUGGCUGGUUCCGCCCCAUCAUUGGCCGCGACCCCUACAACAAGAAGAACGUCGACGAGUCCCAAAAGGCUGCCCUCAAAGCUGUCAAGACUCUUGAGGAGCAUCUCCUCGUCCACACAUAUCUCGUUGGCGAGCGUCUGACUCUCGCUGACCUUUUCGCUGUCGGCAUCAUGGCUCGUGGAUUCCAAUAUUUCUUCGACAAGGCAUGGCGCGCCGAGAACCCCAACGUCACUCGUUGGUACGAGACUGUCUACAACCAGCCAAUCUACUCUGCUGUUGUUGACAAGCUCGAGUUCAUUGACGAGGCCAUCAAGAACGUCCCCCCAAAGAAGGAACCUGCACCAAAGAAGGAGCAGCCCAAGAAGGAGGCCGCACCCAAGGCCGCGCCAAAGAAGGAGGUGGCCGCUGAAGAGGAGGAGGAGGAGGAGAAGCCUGCACCAAAACCUAAGCACCCACUUGACCUGCUACCCCGUGCUACAUUCGUCCUGGACGACUGGAAGCGGAAGUACUCCAACGAGGAGACUCGUGAAGUUGCCCUUCCGUGGUUCUGGGAGAACAUGAACUUUGAGGAGUACUCCAUUUGGAGGGUUGACUAUAAGUAUAACGACGAGUUGACCAUGACCUUCAUGACAUCCAACUUGAUUGGCGGCUUCUUCGCACGUUUAGAGGGCAGUCGCAAGUUCAUUUUCGGCGCUGCAUCCGUCUAUGGCGUCACGAACGACUCGGUCGUGCAAGGUGCGUUCCUGAUCCGUGGCCAGGACGCUCUGCCCGCUUUCGAAGUCGCUCCCGACUAUGAGAGCUACGAGUUCACCAAGCUUGACCCCACCAAGGCGGAAGACAAGGAGUUUGUCAACGACCAGUGGGCGUGGGACAAAUCCAUCACUGUCAAGGGCAAGGAGUACCCGUGGGCUGAUGGUAAGGGCUCCGGUGGUGGUCCAAGUGAAGACAACGUCACCGGCUUUCUCGUCCGUUCUACGGCUUCAAAAUGGGCCAAAAACUCAGUUCUCGCUGUCGAUGCAGGAUCACAUCUAGCAGCCAUAACACGCAUUCUAGAGCGAGAAUUCCCGCUUGUAUCCUCCAUUACACCAGCCCCCGCCACGCAGAACUGUAACGACAACGACCAGGAUCAAGAAUCACCGUCUCCCGGACACGUGAAUGUCAAUGUCUCGACGCCAGACUCAGACUCCUGUGCGGAAUCACCAACAGGCUCAGAACAGGUAAUAGAGCCAAUCCUCACUACUCUAGAGAACGGCCCCUUUGCCGGACUCCCGUUCCCGCAUAGGAGCGCUAGGGCGAAUGCGCUGCAUGUCGUCCGAGAGCAUGUGUCCACAUAUCUUAUCACACAUCCACAUCUAGAUCACGUGUCUGGUUUUGUGAUCAACACGGCUGCCUUUCACAACACAUCACGUCCGAAACGCCUCGCUGCGCUUCCGUUCACAGUGAAUGCGAUAAAAACACAUCUCUUUAACAACGUCGUGUGGCCAAAUCUUACAGACGAAGAUGGAGGUGUAGGACUCGUGACCUUCCAGCGGCUCGCCGAGGGUGGCAAUAUCGCGCUCGGCGAGGGCAGCGGCAGAGGAUACAUCGAGAUUUGCGACGGCCUGGGCGUGAAAGGAUUCAAAGUCAGCCAUGGUCAUUGCAUGCGCGGCCCGGGACACGUUCAUCGGGGGAGCAAUGCGAAUAUUCCUGAGACACCAGGGAUUCAGCAUGGAGCCAAUCACCCUCAUACGCACCCGGCGAUGAUUCCAGCUGGGGCAACAGAAGGCCAAGAUGGCAGGAGCCUAAGUUUCUCACUACCAAGUCAACCCGGUACACCGCUAUAUACAGGAAACGUACCACCAGAGACAGGGAGAACGGCGAGCGUCUCACAAACGACCGGCGGAUUUGUCGAACCGUGCGUUAUAGACUCCACCGCGUACUUCAUCCGCACCGAAUCCACCCCCCAUACGCCUGCCCGCGAAGUCCUAAUUUUCGGCGACGUCGAACCGGAUUCGGUGUCGUUGUCGCCACGAACCGCGCAUGUCUGGGCGGAGGCCGCGCCGAAGAUUGCGGCGGGGCUGUUGACGGGGAUUUUCAUCGAAUGUAGCUACAACAACAGCCAAGGUGACGCUGUUCUCUACGGCCAUUUGGCGCCAAGACAUUUAAUCCAGGAGCUGCAGAACUUGGCGGAGAUGGUUAAGGAUGCUAGACGAGAGCACGAGAAAGAAAAGGAGGAGUUAAGGAAGGGCAGGAAGAGGAAGCGGGCCAGCAACGGUCUUCUCAGCUUGGAUGGGCUUGUUGGAACGGAAGAGCGGGGAACGAGGAAGGCGAGCAAAACCCGCAAUUUAGGAGGCAUGGGGAAAGACGGGCUUGCGAUGGAAGAUGAAGCUAUGACGGAUUACGCGGCUUCUCCAACACCUAGCCGCCAUACAGGAACGCAGACACCGACGAAUCCGGUGACGGGUAGUUAUGCGCAUCCAUCGGCGCCCUCAGCCCUCAAUCUUGUGAACGUGAGUGCGGAACAUCCAAAGGCGGUGCUGUCGGCUGCGUUCGAUAUGCCAUUGAAAGGGUUGAAGGUCGUGGUUAUUCACGUCAAGGAUACGCUGGCUGAUGGACCGUUGGUCGGGGAAUCGAUUCUGCAAGAAUUGCAAGAAGGGGAGAAGGUGUUAGCGGAGCAGGGUAGGGGGUUGGGGUGUGUGUUUGAAGUUAGUAAGAACGGGGAGAGUUACUACUUCUAGAAAGAUGGGGGAUAUGGCACAGGUUGUGGAAAUAGAGAUGGGGAGGAGUUGGCUCCGCAAGGAAGAAGCGAAUCUGGGUAAGAGAGAUCUAACAUGGAUUGCGGAAGAAACAGUAUCAUUGCUGGGCGUUAGCUCCAAAGCUGAUUUGCCUGAUAGCGGCUUCGGCUGGAUUUUUUGGCAUGUUGAUUGGGGCUUUGGCUUUGUGGCUAUCUCCCUUCUGCUUCUGCUAUGUCAUUUGUGCUUACUUUUUCCUUUUUCUGGGCUAUUAACGCUCAGAUUCCCUAAAGGCCUACUAGCGAGAUACUACCUUUGCUUGGCAUCUCGAAGAUGUACAUAGGGUUGAUGGGUGUUGCAUUGGGAAUGCCACUCUCAGGCCUAUCUUUGCUUCCAAGUCUGGUGGGCAUACCAGCAUGAGCACAAACAUGUAAGAAUAC